AUGCUUAGAUACAAUCUGCAAAUACUUGGUUUAAACGAAGUGUUCGAUCUGACGCUCGUCGCUGCUCGAUGUCCGAAUCCGAAGCAACCAAUACGCCUCAAGAUUGCGGUUGCGCGACCAGCCGGUGCUUCUGGUAGGGCUGGAAGAAAGUUUGACGUCACUAAACUGCCGGAUCCAGAAAUUAUUAUAGAAGAUUUGGAUUUAUAUGCCGAUGCUCUAUGGGUGUGA